AUGAAUCUCCCACAAUUUGAACGAUUUUCUGUGCAUGAUGAGCCGGCAACAGUUGGACAAAGAUGGGCAAAAUACGUCAAGAGACUGAAUAAUUUGUUUACGGCAUUUGCUAUCAACGAUGCCAAGCAGCAACGAGCGCUUCUCCUCCACUAUGCUGGACCGGAGGUUUCGGACAUUUUUGACACGUUACCUGAUACGGGUGAGUCCUAUGAAUCAGCCAAAAAAGCACUCGAAAAGCAUUUCUGUCCAUCAGUGAACAUUGAAUAUGAGCGUUUUGUGUUCAGGCAGUGUAGACAAAAUGAAGAUGAGACUGUUGAUCACUAUUGUCAGCGAUUGCAAAAACUUGCUGUUUCGUGUGAUUUUGCUGACAAGGAUGGCGAAAUUAAGUCGCAAAUUAUUCUUGGAUGCCAUUCACAAAAGCUACGCCGACAUGCAUUGCGAGAAACAAUCUCGUUGGACAAACUCCUUAGUACAGCACGGGCUUAUGAACAAGCAGAUCGUCAUGCUGCAGUGAUCGAGGGUGCUGAAGCUACCGCUAUGACCGUCCAAGCGGUUGGGGCUCGUAAUCGUACACACCCAGUGCAACGUCAGCGACAGUCGCAACAACACCAUACAGCAAAGACUGAGCACUCUACAUGCCGCAACUGUGGAGGUGUGUUCCCACACCGACACAAACCUUGUCCAGCCAAGGGCCAGACAUGUCAUGCCUGUGGUAAGCAAAAUCAUUUUGCCAAGUACUGUAUGUCUAAAAACAAAGCUAAAGCUGCUAGUGCUAAACACGUCCAAGCCAGUACCACUACCACCUGUGACAUUGACCCUCAAACCAAGAGUUCAGGCCCAGAACCUCCAAGUACAGGUCAAUAUGAGCACUACCAGUUUCAUGUCCAGGCACAAUCACUACAUGAUGUGCCUAAACCAACUGUAACUGUACAUGUAAAUGGCACCCCCAUCAGUGCUCUCAUCGAUACAGGGGCAUCAGUCAUGAUGAUGUCUCAGCGGACAUUCGCUAGGAUCACGCCACAGCCACGUUUAGUUGUACAUUCUGAUCCUGUGUACGGCUAUGGCAGUGACACCCCUCUUGAUGUUCAAGGUACCUUCAUAGCGACAGUAAGCUACAAGUCGUCGUCUGCUAACACUACAGUUUACGUUACCUCUCAUGAUGGUGCUACGCUUCUGAACUUAGCAACAGCCACUGCCCUCAAUCUCGUAAAACUCACAUAUGCCACAUCAUCAGCUUCGCCUAGGUCAGUCUAUCCAGAUCGUUUUACCGGCAUAGGCAAACUGAACAACUAUCGCUAUCACAUACAGGCAGACACAUCUGUAACUCCUGUAGCUGUUCCACAUCGUCGUAUACCAUUUCACAUGCGUGACAAAGUGGUAAAGGAGCUUGACCGGUUGUUGGAAUGUGAUAUCAUUGAAAAGGUGGAGAACACACCUACGCCAUGGGUCUCGCCUAUCACAGUUGUGCCCAAGCGGAAUAGCGAGGCCAUUCGCAUCUGCGUUGAUAUGCGAAAUGUCAACACCGCCAUCAAGCGUGAACGUCACAUCAUUCCAACAGUUGAUGAUCUUAUCGCAUCUCUCAAUGGUGCAACAACAUUCAGCACGCUGGACUUAAAUUCUGGGUAUCACCAGAUUGAGCUCGAUGAAGAGUCGCGUCAGUACACAGUCUUUUCUACACAUGUUGGGCUCUUUCGUUACAAGCGGCUCAAUUUUGGUCUUUGUUCCGCGUCUGAGGUUUUCCAGCAUGCAAUACAGAUAACAUUUCAGGACCUACCAGGUGUGCUGAACAUCAGCGAUGAUCUUCUUGUCUUCGGUCGCGACCAAGCAGAACAUGAUGCACGACUUCAUGCUGUUAUGCAGCGUCUACGCUCAGUGAACUUGACGCUAAACCCUGCUAAGUGUGUCUUCAGCACAGAUCGCGUAGUGUACUUCGGGCAUGUCUUCACAUCCAACGGCAUCAGUCCUGAUCCGCGUAAGGUGGAUGCAAUCAACGCUGUUGCAGAGCCACAAAACAUCUCAGAGAUGCGCAGUUUCUUAGGCAUGGUGACAUACUGUGCUCGUUUCAUUCCUGACCUCGCGUCCAUCUCUGCUCCUCUCAGACAACUCACAAAAGCUGACGUGCCAUGGACAUGGGGACCAUCUCAAACAUCAGCAUUCAGUCGCAUCAAGGAGCUAGUCUCCCAACACUGUACUAUGGGAUAUUUCAACCCAGCAAACCCCUCAGAGGUUAUUGUCGAUGCAGGCCCUCUUGGUCUUGGGGCAAUUUUGGUCCAGCAUGACUCGCGCACACAGUCAGUCAUCCCUAUCGCGUUAGCUAGUCGGUCAUUGACACCUGUAGAACAGCGAUACUCGCAAACCGAAAGGGAGGCAUUGGCCAUCACAUGGGCUGUCAGACACUUUCAUAUCUAUUUGUAUGGUGGAUCAUUUGUUGUAACCACAGAUCACAAGCCACUGUUGUCAAUGUUCAAUAACGCCCAUUCAAAGCCGCCGAUCCGCAUAGAACGCUGGUUACUGCGGCUACAAGCGUACGACUUCCAGGUCCAAUACCACCCUGGAAAAUUGAACCCAGCAGACUACAUGUCACGCCACCCACGUAUCGCGGAGAGCGCAGGAUCAUCAGCAGAAGAAGAAAUCGCAGAACAGCAGGUCUCCUUCAUUGCAGCAAACGCGAUUCCAAAGACAGUCAUGCAUGAGGAUAUAGUAUCUGCAACAAGCACUGAUGAUGUUCUUCAAAACUGUAUGCGUGCUAUCCAGGAGGAUAGCUGGAGUGAUCUUCUAGCAGCUGCAGAUGCAUCAUUGCAGAGCGAAUAUAGAAGCCUACAUGAAGUACGCGAUCAACUCACUGUAUCGGAUGGCAAUAGCAUGCUCUUACGCGAUCAUCGUAUCGUCAUUCCGCGUUCGCUUCGGCAGCGUAUCAUCGACAUAGCACACGAGGGCCAUCAGGGCAUAACUAAGACAAAGGCUCUCUUGCGUGAGAAGGUGUGGUUCCCUUCCAUUGAUCGUAUGACUGAACACACAGUUCGUGAUUGUCUGUCCUGUCAGAUGAAUACCGUUGAGCACGCCAAGGAACCACUUAGAAUGACGGAGCUUCCGCAACAGCCUUGGACAGAGGUUAGCGUAGACUUUGCCGACCUUCCUAGCGGUGAUCACAUGUUGGUAGUCAUUGAUGAUUACUCGCGUUUUGUCGAAGUAGAGAUUGUUUCCUCUACUGCAGCAAGUCAGGUCAUUCCGAAACUUGACCGAAUCUUCUCAAGCUUUGGAGUUCCUACUGUGGUCCGUACCGAUAACGGCCCACCAUUCAAUGGUGCGGAAUUCAAUCAGUUUGCCAACUACCUGGGAUUCAGGCAUAGGAAGGUUACACCGCGUUGGCCUCAAGCUAACGGUGAGGUUGAAAGGUUCAUGAAAACACUCAAGAAAGUCUAUCGCUGUGCCAUCGCAGAACGCAAGUGUUGGAAGCAAGAAAUCUACAAGUUCUUGCGCAACUAUCGUGCGACACCACACUCUACUACAGGGGUUCCCCCAGCGACCCUUCUUUUUGGACGACCGCUACGCACGCGUCUUCCAGAAGUGCCAUCUCACCAACAUCACAAUGACCUCGAUGCUUCUGUUCGCGAUCGCGAUAGAAACAAGAAACAGAGCAUGAAAAGCUAUGCAGACAGUCGCGGAAAAACCCAACCAUCACCAAUCGCUGUUGGCGAUACUGUGCUUGUUCGUAGGGAUGGAAUGGUCCCAAAGCACCAGUCGCCAUAUCUUCCGCAGCCAUACAAAGUUGUGAGAAAGCGUGGAUCUCGCAUUACCGUUCGUUGUGCCAAUCAUUACAUCACACGCAACUGUUCGCGAUUCAAGUUGUAUAGUGGUCCGAUCCCUUCCAAUCGCUAUGAUGAUGAUGAUGAUGACAUGGAGACUCAUUUUCCUCCAAAUGCACACAAUGUCCCAAUGCCAGCAGGACAUUCGCAGCCUGCUGUACCACGGCGCAAUCCGCGUCGUGAGCGCCGUCCUCCGUUACGUUUUCGUGAUUUUGUACCAUGA